GACUAAAACAUGACGAAAUGUGUGUGAGUUUUCGUUGACGAGAUGAGACUGUACGAAAAUGUUUGUCGGUGGUCCGUCAAUAAUUUAGAAUGCACAAUAUUUCUGCCCAUUGGUCACACCCACUGCUACCCAACCGCGCUGAUGCACCGCGCGCUCACCUUUGACUUCAUUUCAAACUGGACCAUGGCAGAUGCUGCACGUUUUACGAAGGGGCUCGGUGGACGCAAACCCAGAAAGGAUUUAUGGACUUAUUUUGUAUUUAACCCAACUGAAAGAAGAACCGAAUGUAUCGUCGAGGGAGACGGAGGUAAAUGUGGAUUUAAACUUGGUGGAAAAAACACGACAAAUCUUAAGCGGCACCUGAAGGCUCACCACCCUGAUAUUUUUUCCAAGAUCCCAGAGAUCCUAACUCCUAAAGAGAAACCUGGUGGUCCAAAGAACGACAGGUCACAGUCAUCUAUACCAGCAGCCUUUGCCGCAGGAUCUAAAUAUAAAACAGAUUCUCAGGAACAACAUGCCAAAGAACAGGCGAUUGCUCUUUGGAUUGGACGAACAGGUCUACCUGCUUGCACAGUUGAGGAUGAAGAUUUCAUCCUUAUGAUGGAGACCUUUGAUAAGAGGCUCACCAUACCGAAAAGAACAAAAAUAAACAACUUGGUUGACAAGAUUUAUGAUGGUGAAAAGCAAAAGUUCAAAGAGAGGCUUGCAACAGCACACAAAAUAACAAUUGGACUGGACAUAUGGACCAAAAAAGGCCUUACAGCAUCAUUUCUAGCAAUUAGUGCAUGCUUUUUUUGCACUGUUGAAAACAAAGCACAGCACAUACUGUUGAGACUUGACCAGCUCCCUCACCCACACACUGCUGAGUGUAUAAAAACCCAUGUUGAUCAAUGUACAGAGGACUGGGGAAUACCCCAACACAAAAUUCUGACAGUCAUAACUGAUAAUGGAAGCAACAUGAUUGCUGCGUUCAAAGCUAAUGAGCCGGAUGAACUCAGUAGCUCUGAGGAUGAAUCCAUCGAUGUGAGCGACACAGAAGACCCUGAAGUGAUUGGACAAGACCAAAGGUUUGGAGCCAUAGAUAGGACCCCAUGUGUUGUACACACACUGCAACUCGUUGUGAACAUGAUCCAGAAGGAUGCAAGUAUAAACCGACUGCUGGGCAAAGUUAGACUGCUUGUCAAGCUCUUUCGCAAGUCAUCAGUGGCAACACAGCGUUUGCUCCAGAGUGGAGGGGUUUACCGAGUGGAACUUUCCCUCAGUACCCCCCCGGAGCCGAGUCUGGCGGAAGCUUUCAGACUGAGGUUGUCCAGGUUGAACCAGCAUCCUGUCCCUCCCGGGAAGCAUGACCAGACGGUGACAUCCCUCUCCAAUCAAGCUCACCAGUGUGCAUUCCAGGUGGCCGCAGCAAACAACAAUGUGGCGCUGUUGGCAUACAGCGUUUCAAAGAGGCUGGAGAAUGCAGAUCUGCCUGAGGUGACGAAGAGCUCCCUCUGUAAGGCAUCUGACAUCUUCCUCAGCCUGUGCACCUCUUCUGCUGUCUGCCUGUUCCAGAUCGCAGCUUGGAUGACAAUGAUUCAGAGGUCCACCUGGCUCCGUCACUACCCCUCCCUGCCAGAGAAACUGCAUAAAGACCUAAUGGAGGGCCCCAUCACGAUGGACACGCUGUUGGGGACCAAUUUCAAGGCCAUGCUCGAAAAAUCGAAGAAGUCGGAGGAGAACGAGUCCAGCGCGAUAACUCGCUCUCAGCCUGAGCUGCACGCUUUUCACCGCAGCUGUGUCAAACAUGCGCUCCCGCGAUGCCAGCAGUCCUCACCAAAAUGGCGCUACAUUGAUGGAUGCGCGCACACCUCCCCCCAGCACACGUCGGCUCGCAUCAGCAUGAAUGUGAGACCGCAGAACGAGUCCAGUGGGAAACCUCGCUCUCAGCAGGAGCUGCACACUUCUCACCGCAGCGGUGUCAAACGCACGCUCCCGCGGCGCUGGCAGCAUUCACCCCAACAGCGCCGCAUUGAUGAAGGCACGCACACCUCUCCUCAACACGCGCCGGUUCACAUCGACAUGAAUGUGAACCCGCAGCCUGAGCGCGGCACAGAGUAUUCUCGCUAUCUCGCUGCCGGAGGAGACCCGGUCUGCCACCGUUUGGACCUGCGAGCCGCUGAGGCCGAGCCCGAGCCUCUGAAGCCGAGCCCGAGCCUCUGA